AUGUGGGCGUGGGGCCUCGCCGAGCGCGCCAUCGCCGGCCUCCUCGGCCCCGCCGGCGCGAAUGGCGGUCGCUGGAACACCGCCGUCGCCGUCGGGGUCACGGCCGCGGCCGGCAUCGCGCUAGUCGCCAUCGUCGUCUCCUCCCGCAGGGGCGGGAUCAAAUCGCCGUGGCGGCGGCGGAGGAAGCGCGCGCUUGGGCCCAAGGAAUGGCGCAGCUUGUUCACGCCGGAGGGGAAGUUUUACGACGGCGGCGUCAAGCUACUGAAGAGAGUUCGGAACGGAGGGGUUGAGCCGAGCAUCAGAGCAGAGGUCUGGCCGUUCCUUCUGGGAGUGUAUUAUAGCCUGAAUAGUUCAGAAGCUGAAAGGGAAGCAAUUAAGGCCCAUAACAGGAAGGGAUAUAUGCUCUUGAGGAAACAUUGCCUGCGAAAAAACAAUGAAGAAAGCAAGCGAUCAAUCAACCGCAAAGAGAGCAUUAGUUCUGGCAAAGUCAAAGAAUCUGUUACUUCUGUUGGAUCCGAAGAACCUGAAAAAGUAAGCGUGGAUGAUCAUAUCACGAGUGAGGAAGAAAAUCCUUGUGUCAUUUCAGAGCAAGAAAUGCAGGAUAAGACAGGUAAAGCAAUUCCAGAGAAUCAGGCGGAUGAAAGCCUCUGUUCAUCUAGUUCACGCGAUGAGGAUGAGAGUCAGAAAAGUGAUGUGACCCAUGUGGAAGCGUCUCGUGAUGAUGUCGCCUCUGUGGACCAGUCUUCAGUUGAGGAUGAAGAAGAAAGUAUGCCCCUGCCCAAAUAUUCAAACGCAGGAGGAAAUAUAGAAGCUGAAACUAAGUUAUCUAAGGAUGCCCGUCCUGUGAAGUCUGCACGGACAGUUGAGGAUUUUGAGACAUGGCAACGGAUAAUUCGUUUGGAUGCAGUUCGUGCUAAUAAUGAAUGGGUUUCCUACUCUCCAUUGCAAGCUGCGGUUACCAGGGAGAAGGCAAUUGACUCUGCUUCAGCUGUUUGUCUCAAAGACUAUGACCACUUGGAAGCACAUAGGAUCCAUCAUGCGUCACGCCUUGUUGCAAUACUUGAGGCGUACGCAACCUAUGACCCAGAAAUCGGUUAUUGCCAGGGCAUGAGUGACCUCCUUGCACCUCUCAUUGCUGUGCUGGAGGAAGACGAUGAAGCCUUCUGGUGCUUUGCCGGUUUCAUGAGGAAAGCCCGCCACAACUUCAGACUCGACGAAGUGGGUAUUCGCAGGCAACUCAACAUGGUCUCCAAGAUAAUAAAAACCAAGGACUUCCAUCUUUACAGGCACUUGGAGAUGCUUGAAGCGGCAGACUGCUUCUUCGUCUAUAGAAUGGUGGUUGUGAUGUUCCGGAGGGAGCUCACCUUCGAGCAGACCCUCAGCCUGUGGGAGGUGAUGUGGGCCGACCAGGCAGCGAGGCGUGCUGGGAUCGCACGAUCGUCCUGGGGAAAACUUCGGCUUGGAGCCCCUCCAACUGAUGACCUGCUGCUGUAUGCGAUUGCAGCCAGUGUACUGGAGAAGAGGAAAUUGAUAAUAGAGAGCUAUAGCAGCAUGGAUGAGAUCAUUAGGGACUGUAACAGCAUGGCGGGGCAGCUGGACAUUUGGAAGCUCCUGGACGACGCCCAUGAUUUAGUGGUGACCGUACAAGACAGGAUCGAGUAG